UCCACUGCGCCCGCCCCGCCCGUGGCCGACUACUGGUCUUUUCAGGCCGCCCGGGACGGUCACACGCGCUGUCCCGCCGAGCAGCAGCCGCGAUGCCUCCCUCGGGCCUGGCGACGGUGGACAGCCGGGUGCUCCCCGCCUUCCUGCUGUGCAGCACGCUGCUGGUCAUCAAGAUGUACGUGGUGGCCGUCAUCACGGGCCAAGUGAGGCUGCGGAAGAAGGCUUUUGCCAACCCUGAGGACGCUCUGAGGCACGGUGGCAUCCAGUUCUGCCGGAGUGACCCGGACGUGGAGCGGUGUCUCAGAGCCCACCGCAAUGACAUGGAGACCAUCUACCCAUUCCUCUUCCUGGGCCUCGUCUACUGCUUCCUGGGCCCCGCGCCCGCCGCCGCCUGGGCACACUUCCUGCUCUUCCUGCUGGGCCGCCUGCUGCACACUGUGGCCUACCUGGGCCAACUGCGCGCGCCCGUGCGCUCCGUGGCCUACACCGUGGCCCAGCUGCCCUGCGCCUCCAUGGCCCUGCAGAUCCUGUGGGAAGCGGCCCACCACCUGUGACCCGUGACUCUCAGCCACCAGACCCACAGGCCAGGGCGGGCUGUCCUGGCUCCCCGGCAGCCUCUGGGCCCAGGAGACUGUGUGUGUGUGUGUGUGUGUGUGUGUGAGUAUGUCUGUCUGUCUGUUUGUCUGUCUAUCUUGGGUUCCCGGAUAAACUGGCCCAUUGUCAGGACUGAUAGAAAACCAAAUCCCAGCCCUGGGGAGGCUGAGGCAGGAGGGUCACCUGGAGUUUGAGCCCAGCCUGGGACACCCGGUGAGAUGGUGAGCAGAGACCAGCCUGGGCUGCAUAGUAAGGCUGUCCAAGAAGAAAAAAAGGAAAAACUCUAUCAAUGGAAGAAGCAGAGUAUGAAACUCACAUUUUUGUCUUUCCCUGCCCAAGAGUCAGAAGAGUCAGGGGAGUCUUCAUUCAGGGUUCCGAACCACCCAAGGCUGGCCUGGGAUUCGCAGGCACUGUGGCAGCCUCUGGACAGAGUGGCGUCCCCUGAGGUCCCCAGCCUCUCCCCUGCUCUUCGUGGCACCUGCCCCUGGUACUGGGAUGAGUCUGUGUCCUCCUCCCUAGGCUCCGGGCUGCAGGUGGGCACAAUAGGUACAGAGUCCCCAACUACCAGGACGCCAGCUUCUGCCCCAUGGGCUGCCUCGCGGGGGCUCUGUGUGUGUUUGUGUGCCCCAGAUGCCCAGCUUGAGACCAGCACCCCAUUAAGCAGCAAGGACUGUGCCCCAGCAGCCUCCUGUGGGCUCUGUGUUGCUGUCACCCUCGCCCAAGCUGCCCGAUGCCCCCCGCAUUUCUGCUGGGGUGCCUGGCGCCAGAGUGGCAGGACCCAGUCACCAACUGGAUGCCAAGUCCCACAGUAACCAGUUGCUUCGGCCCUGGACCCGCCUCCUACCAGGGCCAGGGAGAUGCUGCUCUGCAGGGGGACUCAGAACUGUGGCCAACUGUGCUUGAAACUGUGGAGAUCCUCCUGCCUCAGCCUCCUGAAUGGUGGGAUGGCUGGUGUGUGCCGCCACGACCUGCACCAGCUCCGCUUUUACAAUAAGGCCUGCCUGGGAGCUCAGACUGAGCACGGGCAGCUCACACGCAGGACCGCGGGGUUCACAACAAGUUUACGGUCCCUUUCUGACCCCCUGCUAACUCCACCAGAUGGACCCACCUCUGGAGGACUACAGGGCUGAAGGGUGCUGGUCAGGGACGCCAGGCCUCACUGUUGGUCCUGUUAGCCAGGCGUGGUGGUCACCUGUAAUUCCAGCCACUCUGGAGGCUGAGGCAGAAGAACGGUGAGUUCAAGCUGGAGGCAUUUAGCAAUAUCCUGUACAGAAAAUAAAAGUGUCGGGGAUACAGUCAAAUGCGAGGGCCUGGGGUCACCCGCAGUACUGCGGAAACAAGGGCCUGGGGAAGCUGGGGCUGGGGUGGAGCGCACUGGCCCUGCCUGCCUGGGGCCCUGGCCGCCCCCGCCCCCCCCCCCCCCGCGUGCCAGUGGGCUGGGGUCCGGCGCAGCAACGCUGCCCCCUGGUGGCUAUGCGAUGCCAGGCGGCCCCGGGGACAGCCACACCCCCGAAUGCCUGGGGGCGUCGUCUGGCCGCCAGGGCACGGGGGGGGGGGGGGUGUAGGGCAGGUGCGCGGGUGGACCGCGGGUGCGGGGCGCCCCCUGCCGUCCCGAGCCCCAAGCGCGGGGCCUUCUUGGCACCCAGCGCCCGCUCCCCUGCUCCGCACCCCGCAGACCCCGCAGCUGGCCACCACCCCCUGACCGCGGUGUGGGCACCGGAAGUAUGGGCCGUGGCUGCUGUGCAGGGGCUGGGCUGGGCUGGGGGCACCCAGUGCCCUGGUGCUUGGGACGUUCAGAGGUCCGGGGUGCGUGCAGCCGCGGGGGCCUCCGUUCACCUGCGCCGCCCGGAUUUCAGGUUACGCGCCUGGGCGGGAGCCCCCGCGGCACCCCGGCCGGUCGCUGCCCGCAGCUUCGGCCUCUGGCGGCACAAGAGGCUUCGCAUUGGCGCUGGCAGGAGCAGGCAGGGCCGUGGAGCAGAAGCAACCUUGGCUUCUGUCCUGACUCUUAGGAGUUUUUUUUUAAAAACAACAAGAAUAAAAACUAUGAUACAGAAUUUCAAGACAA